UCAUCUGCUUCUUCCCCUGCAUCCACACCCACACCCACACCCACACGCGCAGGCACACAAGAGAUGCACACCGCUUCUCUGCUCUCAAGGGUUUGCAAUUUCUCUGUCACUUUCGUCUCUCCAAUCUUACUGUAAAUCGGACUCUUGGUUUUCGUUUUUCCCGAAAUGCUGCGUAGGUAUAACUAGUACGCAUCUGGAAUCUCUUUUGUGCCGCUGAUUUGGAAUCUAAAAAGAUCCGUGAGUGGAGAAAAAUUCGAGCAUUUUCUGCUUCGCUUCGGGCCAUUCUUGGGUUCUGUUUGAUGGUUCAAGAAGCGUAUAAAGAUCUGAGGGUUGUGAGUAGUAUUAUCAUCUGAGGAGUUUUGCGAGAGAGAUAUGGAUUUGGAUUUUAAUGGCGAUGUCGCGUGCCUCGAUGCCGAGCUCUUGCAGCUUCCGGAGGUCUCUCCUUUGGCGAUCAAAGCCAACCCGUAUGUUGCCGAAAAGCUUUUUGAUCAGUGGCUUUCGCUUCCUGAAACCAAUUCUUUGGUAAAAUGCUUGCUCAAUAAUGCUAAGGGAACUGGACCAUUGAAUUUUGCUGGGACUUCAUCUAGUGUAAAUGCUGCAGCUAGCAAUUCAUUGCCUUCAAUGUUCCCUGCUGGCAGUACACCACCACUUUCACCAAGAAGUUCAUCAGGAUCUCCUCGGAUCUUGAAACAGAGGGCAGGCCCAUCUGCUUUAGGUUCUCCCUUAAAAUUAGUGAAUGAGCCCGUGAAGGAGCUUAUACCUCAGUUCUAUUUCCAAGAUGGCCGUCCAGCACCGAAUGAACUGAAAGAGCGGUGCUUGUUUAGAAUCAAUCAAUUUUUUUAUGGUCACAUGGAUGGACUCCAAAUGCACGAAUUUAAACCGGUAACAAAAGAAAUUUGCAAGCUUCCAUCAUUCUUUUCCACAGCACUGUUUAGAAAGAUUGAUGUUGACGGCACUGGAGUUGUGACCAGGGAUGCGUUUGUUGACUAUUGGAUCAAUGGAAAUAUGUUGACAAAAGAUAUAGCAACACAAUUAUACACAAUCUUGAAGCAACCGGAUCUCAAAUACUUGGUCCAGAAUGACUUCAAACCUGUGCUUCGGGAACUUUUGGUAACUCAUCCAGGAUUAGAGUUCCUGCAGAGCACACCUGAAUUUCAAGAAAGAUAUGCUGAAACUGUAAUAUACAGAAUAUUUUACUACGUGAAUAGAUCGGGUAAUGGUCGUCUUACACUCAGGGAGCUGAAACGUUCGAAUUUAAUUGCUGCAAUGCAACAUGCAGAUGAGGAAGAGGAUAUUAACAAAGUCUUGAGGUACUUCUCUUAUGAACAUUUUUACGUGAUAUAUUGUAAGUUUUGGGAGCUGGAUACAGAUCAUGAUUUUUUGAUUGACAAGGAGAACCUCAUCAGAUAUGGUAACCACGCCCUUACCUACAGGAUUGUUGAUAGAAUAUUUUCUCAGGUUCCCAGAAAGUUCACCAGUAAGGUUGAAGGAAAGAUGGGCUAUGAAGAUUUUGUUUACUUCAUAUUGUCAGAGGAGGAUAAAUCAUCUGAGCCUAGUCUUGAGUAUUGGUUCAAGUGCAUAGAUUUAGAUGGAAAUGGAGUUAUUACAAGGAAUGAAAUGCAAUUCUUUUAUGAGGAGCAGUUGCACAGAAUGGAAUGCAUGGCACAAGAGCCUGUGCUUUUUGAGGACAUUUUGUGUCAGAUAGUUGAUAUGAUUCACCCAGAGGAUGAGAGCUAUUUUACAUUACAUGAUUUAAAAGGAAGCAAACUUUCAGGCAGUGUUUUUAAUAUCCUUUUUAACCUAAACAAAUUCAUGGCUUUUGAGACUCGUGAUCCCUUCCUAAUUCGCCAGGAGCGUGAGAACCCACAUUUGACUGAGUGGGAUCGCUUUGCACAUAGAGAAUACAUUAGGCUUUCUAUGGAGGAAGAUACAGAAGAUGCUUCUAAUGGCAGUGCGGAUGUUUGGGAUGAAUCACUUGAGGCUCCUUUCUGACUUAAAAUAGGCGUCUAUAGUGAUUUCUUUAUAUCAAGUUGGCUAUGAAGCAGUAAAGCGUUGUGUGUGUGGUACAAGCCAUUGAAUGGAUUCAGCAGUCUGCUAAGUCACUGAUGAUAUGUUUGAAGACUGUGCAGGACAUUCUGAGCUUGUCUGCACGUAGAAUGCAUGCAGGCCUGAGAAUGUUAAAUUUCAUGCCGUGGGGCAUCUGGAAAAGCUUGGCCAGCUUGCACGCAAAUUGUUGACUGGAGAACCAGCACCCGAUUAUGUUAGUUCACAACUUUCAGCACUUUUUCCUUUGUGUAGCUGUAAGAAACUUUUAUUUAUUAUUUCUUCAAGAGGCAACAUCUAGUGUUUCCUAGUAAUUUUUCGUGUUGGGAUUAGUCUGAUGAAAAGUACUAUGUUUUUUUAAUUAUUUUUGGGCCCUUUUUUUGCAUUUCUUGGUUGCUUUUCUUGAAUUCUCCUGAAAUUCUAUCUGCAUAGAUGUCCAGGAAUUAUUGGUUUCUUUUCAUAUAUAAUUAGUCACAGCUGGCUGGAUCUAAAGAUAUAGUGAACGAGCAGAAUUUGUUAGUUUGUAUGGUAAUUUU